CGGGCGGAGUCGGUUUCCCUGAGAGAUAAAUGGUGUGUUGUACAAGUGCGGGAGUCGGGUACGAAACUGUCCUUUCGCUCUUCCUGUGAGGGACAGUCAACAGUUCGCCGUCAGCAACACCCGGACCUCGAAGCUACUUCUCUCCAGAGCAGGGAGGCGUUGUUUUUUUCCUUCUUCCCGAGGAGUUAAUCAUGUCGGGGAAUAAAGAGAGCGACGGAGGAUGGAGGAAAUUUCUGUGGAAUUCAGAGAAAGGGGAGUUUCUGGGACGAACCGGCAGCAGCUGGUUUAAGAUCUUCCUCUUCUACGUUAUUUUUUACGGAUGCCUGGCUGGGAUUUUCAUCGGAACCAUUCAGGCCAUGCUGCUGACUCUUAGCAACUACAAGCCCACCUACCAGGACAGGGUCGCCCCACCAGGUCUCUCGCACACCCCACGCUCUGAGAAGGCCGAGAUUUCCUUCAAAAAGAGUGAUCCGAACACAUAUGACAAGUACACCAAGAGCAUGAACAAACUUCUGGAGCCCUAUAAUGACAUAGCUCAGGCUGAUGAUUCCAAAUAUGAAGAUUGUGGAGAUGAACCCCAGUACUACAAGGACCGCGGCACCAUAGAGAAUGACAAAAGCAGGAGGAGGGCCUGUCGUUUCUCCAAGUCCUGGCUCUCCACCUGCUCAGGGGAGAGCGACCCCACCUUUGGUUUCGCUGAGGGAAAGCCCUGCCUCAUCGUCAAGCUGAACAGGAUUGUCAACUUCAAACCAAGGGCUCCCGCUAAUCAGACGCUGCCACUGUCCGUUCAGACGAAACUUCUACCCAACCUGAUUCCCAUCCACUGCAAAAACAAGAGAGACGAGGACUUCGACAAGAUCGGAGAGAUCAAGUACUUUGGCAUCGGCGGCGGCGGCUUCCCCCUGCAGUACUACCCCUACUACGGCAAAGUGCUCCACCCAGACUACCUUCAGCCGCUGGUGGCCAUCCAGUUCACCAACCUGACCCUGAACGAGGAGCUGCGCAUCGAGUGCAAAGUGUACGGCGAGAACAUCGACUACAACGAGAAGGACCGCUACCAGGGACGCUUUGAUGUAAAAUUCACCAUCACCUCGUGACCUCAGCCAUGACGCGCACUCUCAUGUUGAAAUGUAGAGAUUGAAAAGAGUUCAGAUUUGAAACACCACUAGUCUUUGAACAUUCAUGAUAUACAGGACCUACACUUAAUCUGUGUGCUUUACACUAGGCUUCUUCCGUGUGUCUGUCCAGGGUUAGAAUGUAAAAAUACAAGAGUAGCAAUAGCAAAUAUUUAUUCUACUGUAAAUGAAAAUAUUCCUUGAGCCAUGGGAUGUGUUCAUCUAUUACUGUAAAACUGCAAUUCCACUACUGACGCGUAGCUAGUGCAUUUCUGUCCCCGCAGUGUUCCAUCCUGAUGUGCUUAAAUAUAUUUUAGAGUCCGGUGUUGUCGUCCCGUCUCCCGUAAUCUCCUCUGUCUUAUGUCAGCUUUAGUGGUCCAAGGUGUGUUUGUGUCUGUGUGCAGCCAUAUUAGUUGAUGUGUGAGCGUGAGUGUGUGUGUGUGUGUGUGCGUGUGGAGUGUGUUAAAAGUGCUCUGACUAACUGAAAUACUAGCACGGUACUCUGAACCUUUAAGGCCGAUGUCUGAUAAUGACUGCGCUCCAUGGAAAACGUUUUCUUCACCCAGAAUGUGGAAGGAUGCAUUCACACACAUUUCUUUGUAGUUUAUCUGGAUUAACAACUUGUCUGUUUGAUACAUCUGUUUCUAUCUUUAUUUGGUAGUUUAGUGCUUUUUUUUGUGGGUCCAGCCUCGAAGAAACAGUGGCAACUCUUGAAAAUCUUUUUUUUUUUUUUUUUUUUUCCUUUUGCUGGAGACAUCACACCAUGUGGUGACACUUACUAUUGAAUGUUUUAGCCAUUUUCAUGGUGGAAGAAUUUUAUAUUUAUGCAGUUGUACAUUUUUUUUUCAAAGUGUCAUGUAAUGAAUCCAAAAACCAAAGUCGCUGGUCAAAGGUUAGAAUAUCAGAGGCAAUUCAGUAUCCCUGUAAUAAGAUGCAUAGUCGGUGUGAAAUGACUUAAAUUCAAUGUUGAAGAUCAAAAGCCUUUUCAGGAGUCUGCUCUUGUCACUUUAUUUAAUCAUAACUCUGAAACAAUAAACAGGAAACUGAG